AUGGGCGAUUUACGAAGAGAUCAGAUCAUUCCAUCCAGACCUUUUUACAAGGUGGGAAUUGAUUUAGAAGGUCCAAUCAUAGCGAUACCUAAUUUGAAAAGAUCUAGAGUAACAAUCAAAUCUUACAUCGCCAUAUUUAUAUGUUUUAGCACUAAGGCUACUCAUCUGGAAAUAAUAUCUGAUUUAACAACUGAAACCUUCUUGGCAUGCUUUGAAAGAUUCAUCGCAAGGCGAUCGAGACCUUCAGUAAUUUGGAGCGACAAUGCAACUAAUUUUAAAGGAGCAUAUGCUCUUCUGAACCCCCUAUUUAAAUUAUGCAAAUCCAAUUCGAUUCAAAGGUUCAGUGCCGAGGAAGGCUUCAACUGGAAUUUCAUACCCCCAGCUGCACCGAACUUUGGUGGUCUCUGGGAGGUGGAGUCAUCUCCAGGACCUUCAAUCCAAGUUUUAAGACCGCUGGAGUCGGAAGUAUCUGCAACAACUACAGCAGAAGCAGAAAUGGAAGAAUUCACAGCCCAACUUGAAAGAAGGUGA